AUAAGAUCGUUGAAUUUGGAAGUUAUUUCAUUGUACAGGUGAGUAUUUUGAGACUUUUCUAAAUAAUUUGUUGUUCAAGCUAGUACAGCAAAACAAAAAUCUCCUCUAUAUAGUAGGAGGUUAGAAAGAUGAUAUCAUAAGAAAAUUAUUGAAAUGAAAAAAUCUAAUAUAUCAUUACCAGAAGUUGGCAGCAAAUCUAAAACUUAGCCAUAAAAUAGUGCAUACAUGUCUUAAUUCGAUGAAUAAAUUUGUCACUUCAUGGGUAUUGUAAUUUCAAAGUUAAACUCAGUGUCGAGUUGAUAUUAAAAACAAUCUCCUCGGAAUUUCACAUGAUUGAGCUGAAAUCAUUACUAAAUGUACUAACUAAUUAAUUAAGCUGAUACACUGAAACUACUAGCUAUGUUUAUAUAGCGACGGCUUAAGAUUGUCCUUGCAUGGUUGUCGUUUGCCCAGAAAAAUUUUCUGGGAAGUUAGGAACUAUAGGUUUACCAGGAAAAUCGCCUAUUUUGAAUUGUUUCAACAAUAUUAACCGCAUAAUUUGCAUUGCUACAGGUUUCUUCUUAACUAUAGUAAUCCUUAAUAUAUCAUAGCAUCAUAUACUAGUCCAUCACGAACGAAGAAAGGCAUCUAUAGGAAUGUGUAUUUAACGAAUUUUCCUGCUACGUUUUUGGUUUCAUUUUCGUUCAAGUUCAAAGGGGUAUUAUUAUGGCACAGUGGGAGAUAAUUAAGUAUGAUUUUCAUAAUCAAAGAUGAAAAGCCAGCAAAAUGUGGUUAGAAAAGAAUAAAGAGGAUUUUUAACUAAACUGUAUUUUUAUUUCCUGAAAGCAUUAAAGGAGUAAACAUGCUAACAAUUGACAGCGACAUAAUAUUAUAGCUAAGCGAGAAAAAAAGUUUUAUUGUGAUGUACCAUUUGUAAAUUUUCCAGUUCUGAUUUAGAGUAGUCUUCAAAAGUUGUGUGCUUAACUUAAACACUAUACAUGUUUAAUUCCCAGAUGGGUGCUGGUAGCUCUACAAGGUCCAGAUCGUCAAGCUCCAGCUCUUCAAGUUCCGACAAUUCCGGCCGUGACAGCAAGAAAGAUGAAGACUCUGAUGACGACUGUGCAACAAUGUUAUUAG